CGUCCGCUCGCGCCCGGGGAGGGGAGGCAGGCGCGCGCGUCGUCCCGAGGCGCCAAGAUGGCGGCGGCUGAGGCGACCGAGGCGACGGCUGAGGCCACGGCGGGCGGCCGCGGCGGCGGCGGCGGGGGGCGGCCCCCGCUGUGCCUCCUCGUUCUGGGCAUGGCCGGCUCCGGGAAGACCACCUUCGUCCAGAGAGUCACCGGACACCUGCACGGGCGCGGCUCGCCGCCCUACGUCAUCAACCUCGACCCCGCCGUGCACGACGUCCCCUUCCCCGCCAACAUCGAUAUCCGGGACACCGUAAAGUACAAGGAGGUCAUGAAGCAAUAUGGACUUGGUCCCAAUGGAGGGAUAGUCACCUCCCUUAAUCUCUUCGCGACGAGGUUCGAUCAGGUGAUGAAGUUUAUUGAGAAGUGCCAGAACACAAACCAGUACGUCCUGAUCGAUACACCUGGCCAGAUCGAGGUGUUCACCUGGUCGGCUUCGGGCACGAUCAUCACCGAGGCCCUGGCCUCUUCGUUCCCAACCAUCGUCGUGUACGUCAUGGACACGUCUCGGAGCACCAACCCCGUGACCUUCAUGUCCAACAUGCUGUACGCCUGCAGCAUCCUGUACAAAACCAAGUUGCCUUUCAUCGUGGUCAUGAACAAGACGGACAUCAUCGACCACAGCUUUGCGGUGGAGUGGAUGCAGGACUUCGAGACCUUCCAGGACGCCCUGAAUCAGGAGACCACGUACGCCAGUAACCUGACGCGGUCCAUGAGCCUGGUGCUGGACGAGUUCUACAGCUCACUCAGGGUGGUGGGCUUCUCAGCUGUCCAGGGCACCGGUCUAGAUGAACUGUUCGUGCAAGUCUCCAGUGCCGCGGAGGAAUACGAAAGGGAAUAUCGCCCAGAGUAUGAACGCCUGAAGAAAUCCUUGGCCAGCGCUCAGAGCGAGCGACGCAGGGAGCAGCUGGAGCGUCUCCGGACGGACGUGGGGUCCGUGGCCUUGGACCCCGGCACGGCCACAGAGGGCUUUGUUUCCGCCCCGGGCCCCUCUGACCUGAUCCUGACCCGGGGAGCUUUGGCCGAGGAGGAGGACGACGAAGAGGCGGACAGCGACACCGACGACAUUGACCAUCAAGCUACGGAGGAAAGCCAGGAGGAGCCGGCCUUCCGGAACUUCAUGCGCGAGUUGGGGAGGAGGCGGCAGAGUCGCAGCAGUCAGUGAGGGGAGGACCGGGGCCGGUCCCCGGGCCGGGGCCCUACCUAGGUUCCCGGCCCCGGGGGCAGCGGGAGCCCGUGCUCCCCACCGGUGCCGCCGCUCCGGUCCCCCGCCCUCCUCCGUGCGGCACCCUCCCGCGUGCCGGGACGGAGGGAGCGCGGAGUCCGUCGGUGUCCCGGCACCUGAGCCAGGUACGGGCCCGUCGUUCGUUCGGUCCACCCCUUCCCCGGGAGAGCCGAGGAAGCCGGACUGCCGAGCGAGUGUUGUGGCGAGCCUGGGCUUUGCCUGGUCCUUAAUCGCUAAACGAUUCUCGCUGCCAGCGGGGAGAGGGGGAGCCCGGUUCCCCCUGCGGCGACCACCUUUCCAGAGCCGUGCGUCCGCGGGUGGGGCGCGUGGGCUGUACGAGGCGUCUCUCCCACCCCGACCCCCGACCUGCUGAGUGUAUGACUUUGGAUAAAGAGUUGCCCUUGAAUUUUGA